AUGGCCGAGUGUCAAAUGAGAAGGGAUGAGAUGAACUGCUCAUUGACUCGUGCUCGAUCACGUUUACGCUCCGCUCCCGCCCACGUGCGAUGUAAAGCCGACACCUCAAGCCUUCUUGGCAACACGCACCACAAUCUUCCCGGCGGCGGACCCCUCCUUGAGCUUCUCGUACGCCUUGACGACGUCCUCGAACUCAAAGGUCGAGUCGACCACGGUCUUGACCUUGCCCUCGGCCAUCCACGCCGCGAUCUGCGAGAGGUCGUCGUGCGAGUUCUUUGUCAUGAAGGCCUCAAACUUGUGCUUCGCGCCGCCCAAGAACCCGGGCAGGAGCAUGCUCGGCACGAGGCUCUUAACCUGCGCGAAGGAGAUGGCGCCGCCGACGAACUUGAAGUGGCCCGCGGGGACCAGGAACUCGUCCGAGGCCUUGUACAGGUUCGGCGGGGAGUUGCCGACGUUGUCGACGACGAGGGCAAAGACCUUGCCCUGCGCGCGGAGGGCGCCGACGACGUCCGUGGUCUUGUAGUCGACGAUCUCGUCGGCGCCCAGGGACUUGCACAGGUCGGCCUUGGCCGUGGAGCACGAGACCGUCACGUGGCAGCCGAGGGCCUUUGCGAUCUGGAUGCCGUAGGUCCCCGUGCCGCCGGAACCGCCGUUGAUGAAGACCUUGUCGCCGGCCUUGACGUAGGGCACGAUGGUCUGGUACGCCGUGAGGGCGGCCGUGCCGACGGCGCCGGCCUGCUCGAGGUCCACCGCGCCCGGGACGGCGGCGACGCCGUCGCGCUCGGCAGCGAUGGGGUCGAUACGACCGAGUACGAGGUCGCCCGCCUUGAUGUCGGUGAUGGCAGAGCCGACGGCGACGGCGCGGCCGGAGUAGUCCAUACCGGGGCACUUGGGGAAGGUCACCAUCGCCUUGGCGACGAUGCCGAGGUCCGGGAACUUGUAGUCGGCCGGGUUGAUGCCCGCGGCGACCACCUGGACAAGGACCUGGUUAGCUUUGAGGGACGAGGCGGCGGGCGUCGGAACGGUGACGAGGGCGAGGUCCUUGAUGAAGGAGCCCGGGGAGGCGAUCUGCCAGCGGCGCAUCUCGGCGGGGGGCUCUUGGCUCAUGAUUACGGUCGCGAUGUGUGUAUCGUGCGAGUUUAG